AAAUUUAAUUAAUUUAUAAAUUAAUUAAUCAAAUAAAUUGAGAGUGUGGUUUUUAUUUAUAAUUUUUAACAAAAUGAGUGGACCAUCACAACAAUCAAUAUCAACAGCACAGGAGCUACGUCGAAGUAAUAAAAUGCAAGAUUUUAGUGGUAUUAAUCGUGAACGAAGUUUUGUACGAGUUAAUUCGAACCAUCACCAUCAUCCGGGCCGGAAUGAGAAAAAACGGAGUCAUACAUCGGUGGCGAUAAAUAUGCGUGGUAAACCAACGUUGGAAAUUUACAGACCUCCAAGUAUAUGUGUGCGUUUAGACGGAUCACAGAAUGGUUUACAAAAUCCAAAACUGAAUGUUCAUGCAAAAGAAUUUACAAUGAAUCAUCAAGGGAAUAAUUUACAAACAUCAAGAUCAAUCGCAAAUUUAGGCCAUGCCUUUCAUCAACAACAACAGAACAUUCUCCAACAUCAAUUACAGCAUUCGAAAUCGAGUGGAGAUAUGUUACGACAAAUGGCGGCCCAACAACAGCAACAGCAGCAGCAACAUACACCUCAAUCCCAGCAUAUUCCAACGCCAUUGUUGCAUCAUUCACCGCAAAUGAUGCUUCCAGCAAGUGGCAUACCAUUACUUCAGUCUGCAUCAAGUGGUAAUAUUCUACAUAAUCCACGUGUACAUUUUCAAACACCCAUGACACCGCAACCACAAUCUGGUCAACAAUUUUUUCCAAAUAUGGCAAACUCAACAGCCGUAUAUCGACCAUUAAGACAGCCAUAUGUAAAUCCACAACAAGCAUUAAAACGAUCUAAAAGUCUUAGUGCUGCAGAUUCAUUAGCCAGUAAAUUACAAGCACUUAAUAUUACAUCUGAAGCACCGGAUUUAGGACAAUUUUCUACAGAAGUUGAAGAAGCUUUAAAUAUUGCAGUUGAAGAUCCAAAUAAAUUAACUGCAAGAUGUUUAAUGGAUUUAGUAAAAAGUAUAUUAGAAAGAAUUGUAGAAGGUCGUAGAUAUUCAUUACCUGGUGCUAAAUUAUGUCUUACAAUUAUAGAAAAAGAAAAAAAUGAAACAUUUUUAGAGACUUUACUUAAUACUUGCCAGCAAUGGUAUCAAGAUCGUGAUAAGAUUUUACGUAAUGCAAAAACGGGUGAAGGCUCAAAAUUUACAGCAUUUAUGUGGUUUUUAACAGAAAUGUCUAGCCAAUUAAAACGACGACAAUUACAAUUAAAAACACAAUGCGAAGGUGUUACACCUGGAUUAUUACUAUUGUCGUUACUUGUCAAAUGUUGUCAAGCUUGUGUUCAACCGCCUAAAUCAUUACCUGAGAUUGAAUGUUUGUUUUUUGUGCUAACAUCAAUCGGGCGUGAUUUAGAAGCCGAAUUACCAACACAACUUGGACAAUUAUUAGAGAGUGUACGAGAUGGUUUUUUAGCAAGUACGGCUGCACCACAAAUACGAAAAACAUUAUUACAAUUAAUCGAAUUAAAAGCAUCAAAUUGGCAAUUACCUGGAUCAACGGUUUUAUAUUACUAUCCAAAAAUGAAAUAAAUAAGAAAAAAUAUUGGAUAAUUUUCUUCUUGGUGAAGAAAAUAAACACAAGUAUUUUUUUUUCGUUUUGCGAGAAAAAGAAUGUAGUUAACUAGUUUUUACAAAUUUUUUUUAGAG